AUGAGUUUGUCUAAUCUUUCCUCAUGGCUCAAGUUACACAUUUUUGACAGGAACAGUGCAGAUGUGACAUCGUAUCCUUCUUUGUACAUCACAUCAGGACACAUAAAGGCAGAGGGCUGCUCAGAGAACCCUGAGGAUAUGGUUGCUGCGGCUUACACCAUUGCCAGGGAGAAGCAGAAUCAAAGGAGAAGGAGCUCAGUUGCAUUCCACUCGUCAUCAAGGAGAUCAACAUUUCAAUCUGAUGUGGACGAUGGAUCUAUACUUAGAGAUGAUCUCAAACAACAAUUGGCCAAAGAGCGCAGAGAGGAAAGAAGGAAGCAGCAAGAAGGCCGUAGACAAUAUAUAUUUACUGAAAAACUUCCACAAGAUACUUCUAAUUUCAGCAAACAGAUAUGUGUGACACCUGCAGUUAUUUACAAUUCUUUGGCCAAGAGAACAGCGGAAAAGAAGAAAACCACGUGUGUAAAUAGAAGAGAUGGCAAGUUUCCUCCAUUUGUUGGUACAGAGCAAGUGGCAGAAAAUUCAGGUGCUCUUCAUCCACUUAUUAGUCCUCGACAUGAUAAAUUAAUCAGUCAGCUGCUCAUCCCAGCAAAAGCGAAAUUAACCAGAAGCACUAAUGUUGGUUCAUUGCUCGUCCCUGGAGUGCCUAGUCCAGUUACAGGCCACAGCAACUAUGUAAUAAAGUACAUACAUGUGCCCUUGCCUCGGUGUACAAGUGAAGACUUGAGGGCUGUCUUCAGGCGUCCAAAGGUAACAACGAAAGUGCCUCCUGAAACAUCAGAGACAGGCCCACAGGAGAAAGAAGAAACACCUCCCGUGGCAACAGAGGAGGCAUCCCCUGAGACAAAUGGGGAGACACCCCCCGAGGCCAGUGGAGAGGCAUCCCCCGAGGCCAGUGGAGAAGAGCCCCCUGAGACCAGUGGAGAGGCACCUACUGAGGCCAGAGGAGAGGUGCCCCCUGAGGACAGUGGAGAGGCACUCCCGGACAUCAGUGGAGAGACACACCCAAAAACCAGAACAGAAUUGCCCUUCAAGUCCAGCAUGGAGGUGUACCCGAUGUCUUUCAUGAAAGCGACACCCAAAGGGGGAAUGAGAGCUGCUUCUAAGAAAUCAAGAGUGGAUAAGCAUGACUCAUUCCCUAUUGUCAAGAAACAUCUGUCAUCAUUCGUGCCGUGCUAUAGGUGGUUGUCAUCUCAGACCAGUGGGUGGUGGCAUCCACCCUCUUCCAUGGGUAGUAAGCAAAUCCAUAAGACCCGCCCUCCAUCACCAUCACCGGUUAUGUCAAAACAGUCAGCACAGCCUACCCUUUACCAUAAAGUAGUAUCUGACCAUCGAACUGUACAUGUGCAAAACGGAUUGACUACUUCCAGAUCAAAAGAAACAGUCACUGAAAAGAGUCACAGAUUUGAGGUUGGAAGCCAAAGGCAUGUGACUUACGAAGAGUCCGGCGAUAAAAGAUCACUGUUAAGUAUGAGUGACGACGAAGCAAGACAAGUAUUGAUUGAAAGACUUCGUGUGGCUCGUGAACUUAGAGAGCAAGAUGAAAGAGAGCGGCUUCAAGAAGAAAUGGAAAAAAGGAAAGAUGCAGCAAAGCAAGCAGAUAAAGACCAAGCAGAACUGUCAACACUUGAAGUUAUACAGGCUAAGCAAUAUCAAGAGGAGCAGAGAUUGCUGCAACAGAAAGAGGAAGCCAAAAGAAAAGCUCGAGAAGAAGCUGAUAUAUGCAAAAAGGAGGAGGACAUAUAUAUAUUACAACAUUUACAAGUAAAAUUUGAAAGAAGAAAGAGAAUGGAGGAACGUAGGAAGCGGACCAAAAAGACCAACGCAGAUGCUGCUAAGCCUGCAGAAACAUUGGACACUGACAAAAAACAGGAUGUGGAAGAAGCUAAUGUUGAGGACAAACCAGAAAGCAACGUGUUCUCUUCUGAUGAAGUAUUUUCAUCAGUCAGUUUAAGUGGCAGACAGUCCCCUAUUAAAACUCUCAAGAAAAAGACUCAAAAGCUGGUGUUUUUAGAUCCCACUGGCAACCUGAUCGAUUCAGAUGUGACGACCUAUUUUAAUGAUGGCCUGAAGGACGCAGAGCGACAAAGGAGAAAAGAUAUUUUGAUGUCAGCAAAAGGUUCAAAAUCAGCCAAGAAAAAGACUAAGAGCACAGCAAGAACUGGAAAGGGAGAGGAAACCAGCAGUGCCGAGAGAUCUUCUAGAAACCAGAAUGCCAAGGAAAGAGAUGAAAAUACCUCACAGCCUGGAGAUUAAAGUCAUCUCCUCUAUCCACUCAGCUCCCAGGCCUGUCUCCAAAAAUCUCCCUGCUUUUUACUUGAAUCAGGCCAAAACCAAAAAAAUGACCAUCAGGAAAAAAGAGAAAACAUCAAAAGGCCACCUUGGCAUAGA